CGGCGCGGCCGUGAGGAAGCGGGGGGCGAGCGCGGGGGGCGUCGUCGGGAAGCGCGAGCGCUCAGGGCACGGCCGUGGGUCGCCGCCAUGCUGCCGCCUCUCUGCCCGUCCUCCGGCCGAGCAUUUCUGUGUUUUCGUGCUUUAAAAUUGAUAAAGAGAGACUGCCUUCCAUCACUGCAUAUUGCAGGAUGUGCCUCUACUACCUCUGUGCCUCGCAUAACUACACAUUAUACUAUUCAUCCUCGGGACAAAGACAAACGAUGGGAAGGAGUAAACAUGGAAAGAUUUGCGGAGGAAGCUGAUGUUGUCAUAGUCGGAGGAGGCCCUGCAGGUCUUUCUGCUGCUAUUCGACUCAAACAGUUAGCCACUGAGCAUGGCAAAGAAAUACGUGUUUGUCUAGUGGAAAAAGCUGCUCAGAUUGGUGCACAUACACUUUCUGGUGCUUGUCUGGAGCCACGCUCCUUAGAAGAACUUUUUCCGGACUGGAAGGAGCGGGGGGCGCCACUUCAUACUCCUGUAACUGAAGACAAAUUUGGAAUUUUAACAAAGAAAUUUCGAAUUCCAGUGCCAGUCCUCCCAGGACUUCCAAUGGUUAAUCAUGGAAAUUACAUAGUACGUCUGGGACACCUUGUGAGUUGGUUGGGCGAACAAGCAGAAGCUUUGGGUGUUGAGGUGUAUCCAGGCUACGCAGCAGCUGAGGUUCUUUUUCAUGAAGAUGGUAGCGUGAAAGGGAUUGCAACUAAUGAUGUGGGCAUCCAAAAGAAUGGAGCACCUAAAGCUACCUUUGAAAGAGGCUUGGAACUCCAUGCUAAAGUCACAAUCUUUGCUGAAGGUUGCCAUGGACAUCUAGCCAAACAGCUGUACAAGAAAUACAAUCUAAGGGAGAAUUGUCAACCCCAGAGUUAUGGUAUUGGAUUGAAAGAGUUGUGGACUAUUGAUGAAAAGAAAUGGAAGCCAGGAAGAAUAGAACAUACUGUUGGCUGGCCUUUAGACAGACAUACUUAUGGAGGAUCCUUUCUUUAUCACUUAAAUGAGAAUGAACCUUUAGUUGCUCUUGGGUUCGUGGUUGGCUUAGAUUAUCAGAAUCCCUAUUUGAAUCCAUUUAGAGAGUUUCAGAGGUGGAAGCACCAUCCCAGUGUACAGCCUACUUUGGAGGGUGGAAAAAGGAUUGCCUAUGGUGCCAGAGCUUUGAAUGAAGGUGGUUUACAGUCUAUACCCAAACUCACCUUCCCAGGUGGAUUAUUAAUUGGUUGCAGUCCUGGAUUCAUGAAUGUUCCUAAGAUCAAAGGGACACAUACUGCAAUGAAAAGUGGCAUUCUGGCUUCAGAAGCCAUCUUCAGACAAUUAAUCGAUGAAAAUCUCCAAUCAAAGACAAUAGGACUUGAUGUGCAAGAAUAUGAAGAGAACCUGAAAAAGUCCUGGGUUUGGAAAGAGCUGUAUUCGGUUAGAAACAUCCGACCAUCCUGCCACAGUGUACUCGGUUUGUAUGGAGGAAUGAUCUACACAGGUAUCUUUUAUUGGAUACUGAGAGGAAUGGAACCAUGGACUUUAAAACAUCCAGGACCAGAUUUUGCUCGACUCAAGCCAGCCAAAGACUGUACACCUAUUGAAUAUCCAAAACCUGAUGGAAAAAUCAGUUUUGAUCUCCUAUCAUCUGUGGCUUUAAGUGGUACAAAUCACGAACAUGACCAGCCUGCUCAUUUAACUCUAAAAGACGACAGCAUCCCUGUGAACAAAAACUUGGCUAUAUUCGAUGGACCAGAACAAAGAUUUUGUCCAGCAGGAGUUUAUGAAUAUAUUCCUCUGGAAACAGGAGAAGGAUCAAGACUGCAGAUAAAUGCUCAGAACUGUGUCCACUGCAAAACAUGUGAUAUUAAAGACCCAAGUCAGAACAUUAACUGGGUAGUCCCUGAAGGUGGAGGAGGACCAGCUUAUAAUGGCAUGUAGAUGAGCUGAAAGCUAUUCAGUGACUUCUGACUUCCAACAAAUAAGUUGGAGUGUUUUAUGCUGCAGUGUAAUUAAAAGUAUAGCACUGACUUGAAUGUUAAACAGUUUGAGACUAGCGUGCUAUUCUGAAUUUUAGGUAUGAUCAUUAUGUUAAAGGGAAAGUCAGUGCAUUCAGGUUAAACUCUAGCCUUAAGAACUUCUUCGUAGAAUGGAGUGGCAGGCAGAAGAAAGUUCUUCAGAGGACUGACAAAUGACUUUGGAUCUUCCAGUUAUUGCUGAAGUUCAGUAAUAACAGCAGCCAUAUCCAGAAUCAUGGGUGUGGUAGAAGAAUUUAGUACCUACCCUUAAAAAAAUAAAAGGUAUGUUUUCUCCCUCUAUUUGAAAUUACUUACUAUAGUGAUAUCCUAACUUGCAGUACAGAAAAUAAAUCAGUCUAAAGAAGUGUCACUGAUAAAAUGCUACACAUCAAAUAUUUUUAUUUCAUUUUUUUUUCUUGCAAAUACAAGGGGACCUGUUUGCAAUACAACUUGUAAAGUGUUUAAAAAGAUAUGUAGUAUUUACACCCUAAUUUUGUGUACCAGCAUUUUUUGUUCCUUCCAGGAAAGAAAUCAAUUUCUAAUAGGAACUGCCUAACUUGUUCUGAUGCUAGAAACAAACUUGUUAGGAAGUUUUAAUUAUUAAUCAGUGGUUUUUGCAGAUUACGUCUUAACAGCAUACCCAAAUCACAAAACCUGUUACCAAAGCUAAAAAGAAACGAAAAAAACAACUUAAUCUUUGAAGUUUAUUAUUAGACUUAAGUUGUAAACACUGAAAAUGCAGUACAGGGCAAAUGAGAGAAGAAACACUUGCAUACAGCUCCAUUUAUUCUUUUGCAGAGUUAGUGCAGAGGUUUAAAACUUUAGGGGAAAAAAAUUAAGCAAACAUUUUAGCAUAAGCUGCCUUCUCUUUCUCCUUUUGGGCUUUUAUCUUCUGUUUGAUUCUGAGUGUUUCCGUUUGGAUAGCUGCUUAAAAAUAAAACCGACAGCUGCUUAAAAAUAAAACCCAUGAUCCAGUUAUAGUAACCACUUUAUACUAGGUGUCCUACUACACCAAGCCUAGAUGAGACUGCUGCAAUUACCCAUAUUUAUUUUAAAUGCAAGAACUGCAUUUAAUUUUCUAUCAAGUCAGGUAUUAACUGCAAAAAGACUCUUGUCUCUUAGUUUGUUUCAUGGACUGGUACAUCAGGCAAAGGAGGAUAUAGGAAGAAUAGAAUUGGUUUUAACACAGAGCUUAUGAUGUAAAAAUUUUAUCCAAUUAGGUAUUAAACCAGAAAAUUACCCUUUGAGAUGGGGAGAACUUCCUUUGUAUGCUGUUGACCUACAUAAGCAGAAGGUGACCUUGUAACCCAGGACACCAGAGGCAUCAAUGCUGUAUAAAAACAGUUUUUCCACCUCAGUGGGCUCUGCUCAACAGAUCAGCAUUUAAGUUUCAGCAAUUAGUAGAAGCCAGGAUCUUAGGUAUCACCCUGGUAUGAUGUCCCAUUUUAAUCUGCUACAUUUAAAAUAAAUAAAAUAUAUAAAGAAACAGUUUACCUUUGUCUUCAGGGGCAAUUUCAUGAGCCUUUUUAAGAUCAGCCUAAAGACAGAAGUAUAAAUGAAUGUCUUGAUUAAAUGUUUAAAUUUUAAAAAAAUUAAAUAUUGUGAUCAUUACCAAUGCCUGAUCAAGAUCCUUUAUUCCGUGCCAUCCUUGAGCCCGUCUGUAGAGAGCUUUAGUAUUUGCUGGAUCUAUUUUAAGAGCCUGUAAGAUUAAUAAAAUAGUCACAUUAACAUUUAGCAUAUUUCACAACCUCCCACCACUGCAAAUGGCACAGUUUACACCAGCAGACAAUGUUCCCAUUUUGUUUGAGAGUAAACUGUCAAAACAUUAACAGUGUAAAUAGGAACACUACAUUAUAGCAUACAGUACAGCUAUCUAGUUGGUUUUAAUAUUGUAGCAGGGGAGUUGGUCUUUUAUGAAGGAGCAACAUACAAGUUCCAUUUUAUCUUACAGUAUCUAUACAGUUUUCAAGGCAAAGGUAACUGCAGUUCAGGUUAUCCUAACCUAAGUCUAUACUACAUCUCCUUCCUUCACUCCAAAGAACUCUAUUAAGGGGAUCAUAACAAAAACACAUUUUUUUUUCUGCAAAGCUUAUUUCAUUGUUGGAACAAAAGAUGUAUACAAGCAAUCCAGCUUAUGAGAUUCAGGAACCUUUAAGAAGUUUCAGUCAUUACCCCUUUAUUGAGCUGAAUAGUUUUGCUACUAUAUAUAUAUAUAUGUAUUCCAGAACAGUGAUCAGCUUUAAUACGGCAACAUCAAAAUAGAAAAUACAGUGGCUGGGCAAACAGUCUGUGCAACUAUUCUGAGUAGUAGUUUUUUUUUUUUCAGUAAGUUCCACGUUUAAUUUGGAUAGCUCCAUUCUUUCCACUCAGAGCUUUUCUUUUCUGGUCUUUGCAGAUCGCAUUUUUAUUAUUAUUGCUAAGAUACUUUUGCAUUUUAUUUUUUUCAGUGAUUGAAGAAAUCUCUUUGCAGGGGUGUCUGGCUUUAUUAGUAAAGUUUAUCAGUUCUAAUUCUUUAGACACUAAAAGCUACAUCCAGAAUUCUUUAAGUCACUUCACUAUUGUCUGUUUAUACAAAGAAAGUAUUACUCUGGGAGCUUAUCCUGAUGUACUUGUCUGCUGUAAAUCCUAGAACCCGUUCUGGGUCAGCACAGAAUUAAGUGUCUUUAUUAUGUACACAUAAGGGCAGUCAUUGUUUUUUGAUGGCCAGAUAUGCUUAUACCUAUCUUAAAGGAAGGUUUGUUUGAACAAGUUCAACUCUUUGUAAUUCCUCGUUUACACCAAACAACCCAUGUAUUGCAGAUUGUUAAUUUAAAAAGCUUUUGGCCGUAGGGAAUCAUAACUGAAAGUGUAUGGUUGCUCAUUAACAAUUACCUUGAACUGUACCAAUUAGUUCUUAGCAAACUGCUGUUCUGAUUAAAACAUUGAUAUGCUCUGUAAAACUUCUUAAAAGAACUAAGCUAAAUACAUUACACAAGUCUAUUAUA